CGCAAAUUAAGUAGAAGAGAAGAAGACCAAAGACCGUUGGGGCUGUGUGUUCGUUUUUGUUAACAGAUUGCAGUUGGGUAAAAUUGUCUCAAUUUGAAGAAUGGCAACACCGGUGCCCGUGCUUCGUCUGCCGAAAGGUCCCGACCCUCACAGCCGCGGCUUCGACCCUACAUCUCCUCGCUACAUCGCUCUGUGCAGCACGUCCAUCACUUGUUCCUCGUCGUCACACACAGACCCGGAAGAGCUGAAGCUAGAGCAGCGCGCGCGCUCACAAUUGCGAGAGCGCUUCCUCAGGUGUCUGAUGGCCACGCGCAACAAGAAGGUGAGCUUACGCUUGCACGGCGACGUGACCGUGGACGCCACGUUCGGCUGCUGCGACAUCGACGUGCUCAACUUGCAGGUGUCCGACCUAUACACUCCCAUCGGUGUGCAGAAAGAGGCGCUCAUCAGAUGCCAGGACGUCGUGUCGUACACCUUUCAGUUGUGAAGACUUCCCCCCCCCCCACACACACACACAUCAGACGGACUUGUUCACAUCAAGAUCAACCUCCGUUUUGUGAGAAGUACACUUCAGCAGGCUAAAAGCACAACCUCCUUUCGGGCACAAGAUGGCGCCAUAGCCUCGUGUUUUACCUCGACGUGAAGCAUUUAGAUGGCAGAAAGCAUUACUUUUCGUCAGUUGAAUUUUUGCAUAGAGCUUUUGUAUUGUACAUGUACCUAAACAGCAUUCACCCAGUCUACACACGUGAGUGUUUGACAGCAGUUUUUGAGCCAAGGCACAAUACAUGAGGAUAACUCAUGGCACAACAACAACAAUUCCAGAAAAAGUGCCUACAUUGAUUAUUUAUGUACCCUCUAAUUGACUUCUUGAGUUCUAUGUCACUGUAAAUGGCCAGCAAUUGAACACAGAUCCUGUACGUUAUUUGUGUAAAUAAAUCAAUUUCAACAGGA